AUGGUGAAUGGGUCGUCCACUGCCAAUGUUUGUGGAGCUAUGAUCAUUUUUCAAUCACCAGAGGGAGACAAGUUUGAAUAUGCCAUGAAAUUUCAGUUCCAGGCUUCGAACAAUGAAGCAGAGUAUGAAGCUCUGCUAGCCGGCAUCAAAAUGUGCAAAGCGGCCGGAGCCCUAGAAAUUGAAGCAAAGACAGACUCUCUGCUGGUAGUCAGUCAAGUCAAUGGAGACUUUGAAUGCAAAGAAGCAUCUAUGAGUAAAUACACGAAUUUGAUUAAGGAAGAAAUAAAAACAUUGAAACGAUUUGUUCUCGACCAUGUUCCAAGGUCGGAGAAUCAUCAAGCCGACGCUCUCUCAAAAUUAGCAAGUUCGGCCGAAGGAGAUAAGCCGAGGAUUGUGUUUUGGGAGAUCAAGCCGGUCAAGAAUAUUGAUCGGAAGGAGGUUCUUUUCCUCAGCCGAGAAAACGUUUGGAUGAACCCCAUCAUAGAAUACAAGAAAACAGGACGACUGCCCACUGAUCCUUUGGAAGCUAAGUAUGUAAAGGCAAGGGACAAGUGGUUUGAGCUGUGGGAUGGAACUCUCUACAAAAAGGCUUUUAACCGGCCACUCCUCAAGUGUAUUUCUCGAGAAGACGACCUAGAAGUCCUAAAAGAGCUACAUGAAGGAGCAUGUGCUUCCCACAUUGGAGGAAGGGAAUUAGGAGAAAAGGCCUUAAGGACCGGUUACUAUUGGCCUACAUUAAAGGAGGACGUUUUGUUGUAUGUAAGGAAGUGUGAUAGUUGCCAAAGGCAUGGUAACAUUUAUCAGAAGUCGUCCAACUAUCUGACUCCAGUUCUCUUUCCCCUUCUCUUUGCCAAAUGGGGAAUGGAUAUUCUUGGGCCCUUCCCUGUAGCAGCCGGCCAGGAAAAAUUUGUGAUAAUAGCAGUAGACUACUUUACAAAAUGGGUGGAGGCUGAAGCAAUGAGAGGACUCACCACUAAUGAUGUGAAAGGAUUCGUCUGGAAGAACCUCAUCACAAGGUUUGGGAUGCCUCAGUCUAUCGUCUUUGACAAUGGAGCACAGUUUGAGACACCCAAGCUCCGUGAAUGGUUGGCCGAUCAGGGUAUUAAAGCUCACUUGCUGCAGUUGAUCAUCCUCAGGCAAAUGGACAAGUUGAAGCCUUCAACAAGAUCUUAUCAGCAGGAAUUAAAAAGAAUCUAG